AUGAGUCCGCAGCCGUCUCUUAAAAUUGUCAAAGGCCUUCCUGUCUUGCCCUACGGAAACUUGGAUGAUUCUUCUUCUCCCAGAAACGGAGAGUACAUUGUCCAAUCCGAGCCGUGUGAGAAUGAUGGCAAAGCCCUUGUUGUAGGGCAUUCUGAUGCUAUUGAGAGCCGUAUUUGGUUCAAAACCAAUGCACUUAAUGACGCCUUGAUCCGUAGCUUGCAAAGUAUCCAGCUUUUUGCAGAAACCCAUGAUCAAGGGCAUGCAGAUGAUACCUCUCUGGGUAAUUGGACGUGGCUAGAACUAGCAAUUUUUGAAGACGAGUCUUCAGAGAAACCUCGAGUGAGGAAUGGAAUUGAUCUGGUCUGGCUGAGCCACAAGAACAGAUUUCUUGACGACGAUUAUGGCUGGCUCGGCGGCCAAGUUUUUAAUCGCAAGCACGAUCUGCUAAGCCUUCUAGAACCAAACAACGUUCUUGCCGUUUGUGUCUGCGCCAGAUUCCCCGGCUGGGAGCUCUAUGGACGAGAUGCAUACCUGAUCUUUGAAAUAGGGUCCCAGAGAGAAACGAUCGAACCUCCGCCUCCAUACUCCAAAGUUAUGCAACAAAUGAUGAGCGUUCAAAAAACUCUCAACGAAGUCAAUAAUCUGAAACUCAAGAUCAAUGACAAGGAUAUUGAUAGAGAGAGCGAUGCUUUCAAACCUCAAAUACCAAUUGAUCUGACACGCGCCGAUGCGUACUUCGGUAGAGAUGCUCGACCACUUCGUGUGCUUUCUCUGGAUGGUGGGGGCGUUCGAGGAAUUUCCAGCCUUCUACUUUUGCAGGCAAUUUUAGAUAAGGCAGCACCUGGGAAGAAACCAUGUGAGAUCUUUGACAUGAUCGGAGGCACUAGUACUGGCGGUUUGAUCGCGGUAAUGCUAGGCCGCUUGCAAAUGACUGUUGCCGAGUGCAUUACCCAGUAUGACAAUGUCAUGAAGGAAGUAUUUCCUGAGACUGGAGAUAUCGAGAAGGCAUUCAAACUAGCCACCGAAAAAGAAUUCUAUGAUUCCUCCAAGUUGGAGGGGAUCAUCAAAAGGCUUAUUAAAGAAAAGCUUGGAGAUCCCGAGAUUAGCUUGCUCGAUGAAAAGAGCCCAUGCAAAAUCUUCCUCAUGGCAACUAAUGCUCGGGCUGGAAAUAACCGGGCCCCCGUCUUUCUGCGUUCUUACAAAAACCCCAAUAACAUGGAGAACAGCGCACUGGUAAAUAUUAAACUUUGGCAAGCUGCUCGUGCUACCUCAGCUGCACCAGCAUACUUCAAACCUCUGCAGGUAGAUGGGUUUACCUUAGUUGACGGUGGUCUUGGUGCAAAUAAUCCCUUGGGGUGGCUUUGGACUGAAGUCCUUGGGGUUUACGGUCCUGCCCGAGCCACAGAUUGCUUCCUCAGCAUUGGUACUGGCAUGGCCAAAAACGCGCCUGUUAUUCAGCCAGGAAUACUUCCAAGCCACGAAGUUGAAGAGAGCUAUAUAUCAGUUGCUACAAACAGUGAAUUGAUUAACAUUAUGUUCCGAACGCUGAUCGACGCGUUCGCUCCUCAAGCCCAGGAACGUAAGUACUGGCGUUUGAAUGUCCACAAAGAUGUUCUUUCUGAGAAGAAGGUUGUGGGGAACGGGUGGUCAAACUGGAAAAAUGAAAUCGCGAACGGAACAAAUGAUUAUGAAGACCCUGGGUCGCUGGAUGAUGUGAAAGCUGCUCUAGGAAAGUUGACAGACUGGACGAAGUCGUACAUUGUGCAAGAGGGAAAAGCCAUCGGGGACUGUGCGGCUGCGAUCAAGAGGAAUUUGGGUAAUUCAAACUAA